CCUUUUAUUUUGUCCCGGCGUAUAAAUACCUGCAAUCAGAUCGCGAGCAUGGUCGAGGGCGCGAGCCGUCUCGCGACCGUCGGCGGCGGCGGAUGCUCGACGCUGGACCUCAUGAAGCGGCUCGAGAAGCCGUCGGUGUCGCCCGAGGUGCUCUCGGAGAUGGAGCACAUCCUCCAGAGCGACAAGCUCCACCGGCAGCUGCAGCGCGCGCGGCGCGGCGACGCGCUGAUUGCAGACAUCACCAAGCUCGGCGACGUGGAGGAGGCUCGGAAGAAGCUUCGCCCCAUCUUCGUACCUGACAAGCCCCAAGUCCGCACACUGCGGGCAAGUCGGCUUCUGGGGCCUGAGAACAAUAAGAAGAUCAUUACGUCGCUGGUGCGCCCUCUGCCGUCGACCCGUGGUACAUCGUCUGACGCCAAGUCGACGCCGCCGAGCUUACCGCCCAGCGCAUCGGCGCCAGUGCUGCCCACCGUGCCGUUGACGGCAGCCGAGAAGGAGCUCGCGGCGCUCAAGGGCGCACGGAUAGCGCUCGAGCACGACCUGCUGCACGUGACCAAACAGCUGUACCACAAGUACGAAAAGCAGGUGUUUCCGGGUGCACACACCAAGGGCGCCACGUUCCAGUCGCUCAGCAAGCGCUGGGCCGCGCCGUCGCUCUCGGACAGCGACAAGUACGCAGCGUACAUGGACGGCCGGUACGCGACGCGGAACGACCUCGAGUUUUACAAGAAGCCGCCGCCGCCGAAAGACGAGACCAACAGCUUCCACCGCAAGCACAAGCAGCACACCAAGUACGGCGACUCGCUCGCCUUUGCCAAGCACAGUUUGCGUGGCACGUUCUAGCACUGCAUAAAGAAUUCGUGGUUUGCC